AUGGGGGCAGUAAUGUCGGAGAAUAAGGUUUUCCCAUGGGUUGAGAAGUAUGGGGGUGCGACGGAUCCGGUGAAACACCUACGGUCGUUCGUGGAUGCUAUGGCGGUGUAUUCUUCCGACGAGCUGGUCUGGUGCAGGGUGUUUUCUUUAUCCUUAAAGGAUGAAGCUCUGGAUUGGUUUCAUUCACUGCCACCGCGAAGCAUUGAUGGAUUCGUUACUUUGAGACAGUUGUUUAGCCAACAAUAUGCAUCAAACCGGUCGCGGGGUUUGACUUAUACGACCCUUGUCAGGAUGAAGCAAGGGCGAGAGGAGUCAUUGAAAGGGUUCAUGGAGCGCUUCAACCGAACCGCUCGGCAGGUGAGGAACGUCGAUCAAUGGCUCAUAGUCAGCGCCCUCACUACGGCGUUGAGGCCGGGACCUUUUGUGGAUUAUUUGUACGAGGAGGAGCCUCAGUCAAUGGAUGAGUUGCAGCAUAAACUGACCGGGUUCAUUCGGGUAGAAGAGGGAAGGGCGUAUCUAGGUGAUCAGGGUGAUGAAGGGGGGUCUAAUGUGAAGAUAGGAUGA